UAUAUAUUAUUUAGGAACAUGGUUAAGCUAUGUAUUCAUCUCUCAUCCAGCUAGUGACCUCUUCGGGAGGCGAUACGCGGCCUUAACUGGUAUCUUCAUUGUCGCGGUAGGCACAGCAUUCGAAAGUGGUGCUACAGGCUCUGGUGCAUAUGCCAUGAUGAUUGUGGGGCGUAUAAUCUCGGGUAUUGGGGUGGGCAUGCUAUCGACAUCUGUGCCCUUGUAUCAGAGUGAGGUUGCUCCAGCAGGAAAGCGUGGAAAAUAUGUCGUUUUGAACCACGUCGGGUUUGUUGCUGGUUUGGCGGCCGGUUUUUGGGUCGGAUACGGCAUAACUUUCUGGGAAGGCUCACAGUAUAAUGUGUACAUUUCGUGGAGAGUUUCGCUCGCUGUCAUUUUGAUUCCGUGCGUUAUUUUCGGAGUUGGGCUUCCAUUCCUUCCUGAGACACCGCGCUGGCUCAUCGAACAUGGGCACUAUGAUACAGCUCAUAAAUCGUUGUACUGGCUGCGAGAAGGUAGUUUCACGGAAUCUGAAAUCGACGCCGAAUUAGCGCACAUUCGAGAAAAUGUAGAAACGCAUCGAAUCUCGGGGGAAGCAAACUGGCUAUCUCUAUUCCGAGAUCGAAAUCUAUUCGAAAGGUUAUGGAGAGCAUCUUUGCUUCAAUUCAUGGCACAGAUGUGUGGCGCCACUGCUAUGAAAUAUUACUUACCAACGCUGUUCGCAAAACUCGGUCUACCCACAAGAGUCACCCUAAUGGCGGGAGGUAUUGAGUCGACCUUAAAAAUAGGCAUGACGGUUAUUGAGAUGUUCCUUAUCGAUCGACUCGGCAGAAGGGUGACAUUGACGGCGGGUUGUGUGGCGAUGGGGUUCGCUAUGUUGAUCAAUGGCGUAUUGGGACAGGUAUACCCAGAUAAUACCAACAGCGCUGCCGAUGUAGUCUGUAUUGUGUUCAUUUUUAUUUAUGCUCUGGGUUAUAGUAUGGGUUUUGGUCCCGCAGCUUGGGUGUACGGAUCAGAGAUAUUUCCGACAUCAGUUCGAGCUCGUGGACUUAACUUUUCUGCUUCGGGUGGUGCUAUCGGUUCUAUUGUAGUCGCCCAAGUUUGGCCUGUUGGUAUUGAUACAAUUGGUUCGAAGAUCUAUUUCUUUUUUAUGGCGGUCAAUUUCGUCUGCAUCCCGAUAAUCGUUCUCUUCUAUCCCGAGACGAAGGGUCGGCCGUUAGAAGAUAUGGAUCUUCUAUUCAAUAAGGCUAUCGGAGGAAUUGAAGACGUUGAUGAACAUUCCGAGCCUGUGCUACCUAAAAAUGCUAGCCGUCCUUCGCAGAGUUGAAACUUUUGACAAUUUGGAUCAGAUCAUCAAUAGAUCUAAUUGAUUUAGUCCGACAUACACUGCUACAAACACCUGGGUGUGGUCGGACGUCAACUUGGCUAUCUCGGGUUCAUCGGCGAGUACUAGAAAUGUUAGAUAGUAGCUAUAGUUGAACGAGAAGAAGCAACUCACCACUUUGAGACAAAA